AUUCCACACAGGGAGCUCUACCCUCAAGUCAGGGAACGCCCAUCACUGCUCUCAUCACUAUCCCCACUACUUGAGCCACGGCCACCUCUACCCUCACCCUCACUAUCACUCUCAAGUGGGAGAAAUAGAGGCCAGGGAAAGGGGACGAAGGGAGGGCAAAGAAAGGUAAUUCUAAAGGAACAUGAGCAUCAAUAAUGCUUUAAGAGUGUUUUGGAAAUCAAGAGAAUGGAAUACGAAAACAUCGACAUUUGAUACAGAUGAGCAUAUUUCACUUUUACCCAAAAGAAGACGUUUUAGAAAGAAAAGGUCAAGAGCAUUGAGAGACACCAAAAGCCAUGAAGAGGAGCAGGUCUAUGAGCAACUGACCACAUUACCCUGUUUCAUAUGCAAGCAUGAAAUUGACCUAUCUGGUAUUUUUCUCCAUAAGAAGCAACAUGUAGCUCUGGCCACACUGGGUUUCCAAUGGAUGGGUGGAAAGAAACCACAGCCUUCAGUGAUUGCUGUUCAGAGACAGUUCAUGAUUUCUAAACUAUUGUCAUCUUUUAUGCUCACUGAAAAAACCCUACAGAGCAUUAAUAAUGCUUUUGAGCUGCUUUGGAAAAAAAAAAUACCACCAGCAUACUAUAAGAUUUUUGAUAACAUUGACAGGAGUGUUGUAUAUUCUCAAAAAAUAUGCCAUCUAUUAAUUAAAGGAGUGGGCAUUUGUGAAGACAGGAAUUCUACAUGGAAAGCUGACAUGAAUGAUAAAUUCACUGUAGUGAGUAAUUUUGGUAAUAAAUCUAACGUGUGUUUUUUCGGCUUGUUCGAUGGACAUUAUGGUGCCUCAGCGGCAGAAUUUACAUCAGUGGAACUCCCAGUUUUACUUCUCCAUCAACUUUCCAAAUUUGAUCCUUCUUACCAAAUGACAACUGAUGAGCAACAAAUAAUCAAUUCCUUUUGCACCGUGUUUAGAGAAGAAUACACAGCAAUAGAAGACCUCUUUUCUGCCAUAAACAAAACAGAUGCAGUAAGAUGUGAGUUUGAGGACAUACACAAAGCUUUUGCAAAAGCAUUUUGGAGAAUGGAUAGGCUUUUACGUCUUGGAAGAAAAGAAGUGUCCAGGGUUCAAUGGAGUGGCUGCUCUGCAGUUACUUGUAUAUUGGAAGGUGAACCUACAAGUCCUUAUAAGAAUUGGAGAAGAGCAAAUAACCACGAUGGGUUGGCAGAGAGCUCCUCUUCCCAGGAGAUGCCAAAAAUGAUUUCUGGAACAUUACAUGUUGCAAACACUGGUAACGUGCAAGCAGUCUUAUGCAGAAAUGGGAAAGGUUUUUGCCUCACCAAAGACCAUACUACACGAAACACAAAUGAAAGAAGAAGAAUACUUCAGAAUGGAGCAGUCAUUAGCGCAAAUGAACCAUACGGGCUGGUAGAAGGGCAAGUAAAAACUACACGAGGACUUGGAUUUCAUGGAAAUCUCAAGCUGAAAAAAUCCAUUAUCCCAGCACCUCAAACUAUUUCUGUCCCUAUAGAUGACUUAUGUCAAUUCCUUAUUUUAGCUACUAACGGACUUUGGGAAGUUUUGGAUAAAGAAGAAGUCACUGCCUUGGCAAUGACAACAUUUCACGUGUAUAAAGAAACAUACUGUUCUAUCAUGCAUAACAAAUCUUCACCAUCCAAAGGGCCUCUGCUUUUUUUAAACAGUGAACCAAUCUUUACGAAAUCACAAAGUAAUAUCCACUUAUUGUUUCAGUAUAAAUCUGAAUCUAAAGAAUGUGUGUCAACUAAAAAUUCCAAAGAAAAUUUGUCUGAUUCAAACUAUUCUAAAUGUUCCAUUUAUAACCCUGAGAAUGUAGAAACAUUUCCAGCAGAAACGAUUCAUCAUGAACCUUGCAGUGAAAAAGUAACUGACAGACCAACCAGUGUAAAUGGUGUGGCAAUAAAUGAAAAAGAAUUAGGCACUAAGAGUUUCUAUGAAGGUGCAGCUGAGUAUGUUAGCCAUGAACUUGUAAAUGCUGCUUUACUGGCUGGCUCCAGAGAUAACAUUACAGUUAUGGUAAUAUUUCUCAAUGGAAGUAUCAGUUUCUGACAUAAAAAAUAAAGUUCCAAUUAUCCAGCACACCAAAA